AUUUUGAAAAACGUCGUUGCAAACAGCGUGGUGGAUUGAUUCCUUGCAUUUUAGAAUCGCAUAACAUGCGGUGGUAGCAUUAUAUCGAAACCCAGCGGAUUGCUAAAGAAUCAGGACCAGUUGUGCCAAAAAAAAACGCUACACACGCCGACAACAGCCUCAAUUUUUGCAAAAACAGGUUGUCUUUACUUACCGUUUUAGGUUAUGGCAAUGCUAAUAACGCUUUGUGGCAGCUCCAGCUGAGCAAACAGCGAGCGACCCAACCAUUCCGCUAGAUUCGGGAGCCCGCCACGACGCGUUCAGUACAAUCUUGUGAGCCGCUCCAACAUGUGGUUCACCGCGGCGCUGCUACUGAUGUGUGCAACCCAAGGUGGUUGGACCACAACCUGCGACUUUCCCCAGUCGCUGUGCUUCGACUCUGAACCCGCCCUAACAAACCUCGACCUGCUCGAAGCAGCCAUCGAUGGGCUGGAUACAGUUCCUGCCGACUUCAUCACGGCAGACGAUUUAAACGCGCUAGUGACUCAAAUCACCACAAAGGUCAGGGAAAAUGCAGCGAUUACACCGAGCAGUUACAAAACAUGUUCCGAUCUGCCUGCCAGUUCCCCGUCCGGCUUGUACCUGCUUCGGGGUGAAUUCCGCGCAAUGCAGAGUGCGUACUGCGACAUGGAGUACGACGGUGGCGGCUGGUUGGUGUUUCAGCGACGCUUCAACGGGCUGACCGAUUUCUAUCUCAACUGGGCCGAUUAUCAGAAUGGGUUCGGCGAUAUGAAAAGUGGAGAGUUUUGGUGGGGCCUCAACAAUUUGUACCGCGCGACAAACCUGGCCCCGCACGAGCUAGCCAUCGUUCUGGAGGAUUUUGAUGGUGCGAAGGUGGUGGCACGGUACAACUCCUUUCAGAUCGGUGACGAAGCGGAGCUGUACCGCUUGAACGUGCUCGGAACGUACAGCGGAACAGCGGGAGAUUCCUUGCGGCGGCAGCUGUACAUGCCGUUCACUACGAAAGAUAAGGAUAAUGACAUAUUCACACUGAACUGCGCCCAGCAGAAUACCGGUGCGUGGUGGUACGACAAUUGCCAUGACAGUAAUCUGAAUGGACAGUACCUAAACGGACCAACCGCCCUGUACGGAAAAGGCAUGUCAUGGAAAACCUUCAGGGAGCUGGCCUACUCGCUGAAAAGCACGCUUAUGAUGAUUCGCCGGUUGGCGUAGGUGAUUGCAAUAAAACGUUGAAAUCGAAACGAGUUUAUGCCAUGUUGAGAUUCCUUUACGAUACGACAUUUAGACAUGUAGAUCUCUGUAAA